AAAUACCCGCCGAUUCACGAGCCAUCAUCAGCGGCCCAGCCGAUCUGCAUUUCAAAGUCGGCAGCGCAAUUAUACUCAACUGUCAUGUGCAACAGCCGAGCAUUCGUGAUAUUGGACCGAUUUAUUGGUAUCGCGGCGACCAUAUAAUCACGCCCUUCGAACUCGACGACGACGAGGCUGAGGCUGAUAAUAACGUUGAUCAUGCUGAUGAUGCCGAGGAGUUGGAGAGCAACGACAACAAUGGACGCGUGAAUGCCUACGCCGAAGGAGCAACGCUGCAUAAGCGCCAGCCCUCAUCGCUAGCAAACAAUGAGGUGGAAGUUGAUGUGACAGCGACGAUAACAAAUGUCAAUGCAUUGGCUGCUGCAGGCAGUCGCAGUAGCAAGGGCAACUCAGGUCGCAGCCGUGCAGCGAUGGCUAUGGCGGCGGCGACCACGACAGCUCAGCAUGAUGGCUUAACCAACGACAUAACACCGGACUUCACAGCGCGUAUAGCAAUGGAAUCACAGCUGGGUGACACAAUGAAAUCAAGGUUGCGCAUUUCGAAUGCACAAACAACGGAUACAGGGAAUUACACUUGUCAACCGACAACGGCGAGCAGCGCCAGCGUCAUGGUACACGUGAUUAAUGAUGAAAAUCCAGCAGCUAUGCAAAAAAGCAGCGCCAAUUCGGUACGCACAGCAGCUACGUGGCGCAACAAAGGCAGCGGCGUAUUCUUGCUCAUGCUGCUGUUGGUGGCAGCAACAAUAAUAAAAACUAUAAUUACAAAAGCAAAUAUAAUAACGAGAACAAUCGUUGUAGCAGCAGCAGGAGCAGCAGAAGCAGCAAUGAAUGCUACAACAACAACUAAAGCAGCAACAACAACGAAGAAGAUAGGCGAUUGUCAGACGCAGUCCAAGUCCAUGGAGAAAGCUGUGAUACGCCAUCAGCCACAGCAGCUAAAGCAAUAGCAUUUCCAAUUGCAAUGUCCUACACAUCCUUUGCAAUGUCUCUAGCAGCCGCAGACGUUAAGGAUAUUUGUUGUUUUUGUUUUUGCCUUUGUUAGU